AAGUGUUCUCUCACUUGUUGAGAACUUGCCGUUCAGACCAUGGAGACGUAUAGGAGAGAUGCACCAGUCGCCCUCCAAACAAUCAGGGACCUCUUACCUCAGCCCACUGAGAAAAUACAUAAACGAUUAAAUGACCAAGAUGACUCCGUUUCAAGUCAUAACAAGGACACGGACAGAGAGACAUUCAGCUCACAACUGCCCACAUUGAAUGAGGUACAAGAACAGCAGGCAGUGGUUGGUGACAAUCGCCAUUCUUCUGAGACAGGCCAGAAUGGUUACUCAGACCAGAUGACCGUGGCUGAAGCUUCUAACCCAGAUUCGCUACCGAGGAAGCCCAAAUACAUUGAUGAAGUGCUACCGGAUCUGCUCCGGAGUGGGAGCCCCAUCCGCAGACGUGUGUCCAGCCCGGUGUCUGCCACGCUGAAACAGGUAAAAAGGGAGGUAGAACUGUCAAGACAGCGCAGUCUGAAGCUUAAGGCUCAGGUGGAUAGACUGCAAAGGCAGAGCGAAAGUGGACCUGGUUGGAGUCAAAACAGUGAACGGGUGACAGAGGAGGUUCAGUCUAUUGUGAAGCUGCUACUCCCUUUGACAGACAUCGAGACUGCAGAAUUAGAUCAGCCCUCUCAGGCUAACCCUUUGGAUAUUGCACUGCUACAACUGCAGAAUGUGGCUCGUAGACUCGCCCUAAAUCAUACCUCUCAGGGAAGUCAGAAGGCAGGGGAAGAUGCUGCCAUUUUGCAGCAAGCACUGCGGGACAGAGAUAAGGCCAUUGCAAAGAAACAAGCAAUGGAGUCUGAGCUAUUGAAAAGCAAGAAUGAACUGAUGACAUUGAAUAACCAUCUUUUGGAGGCUGUUCAAAGACGACUAGAAUUGACCAUAGAGCUGGAAUCCUGGAAAGAUGAUGUACAGACCAUUCUUCAUCACCAGCUCCUGAAACAACAGCAGGAGGAACAGGCACAGAAGUCUAGAGGGUUUGGAGUUCUGCGGCGAUCAAAUAAGCCCCUCCCUCCAAAACCUGAUUAUUCCACCCUGACAAAUGUGCCUGUGUCUAUAUCACAUUGUCCACCUCCGAACACUCCACGAUCACAAUCUCCAUCUCCUAGUACUCCAGGAACACAGAGAUGGAAGGACAAAUUCAGACGUGGCAGAAGUGGUACACAAGGACCUGUUUCUGAGUCUCAGCCACAAAAGAUUAACAAAGAGGAACAUUUCCAUACGGUUUCCUUGGACUGAUGGGCUACAGUAACGCAAAACUUAUGGAUGAUCUCACAUCCAAAGCUCUUCUGUAGUGUUCAUCACUGUACAAUUCACAGUGGGUGUUCAUUGAUUUAGGUCAUUUUGCCUCACCACUUUGUAUGUCUUAAUAUUUUUGACAAAUCAUAUUAUUUUGCCUUUCAUUAUAAAGGUGGACGUAAAUUGGGUUGUUUUAAGACAGUGAUGCUUUGAGAUUUUUGUUGACCUACAGUCAUGCAUGACAUGUCUUAUUUAAAUGCCCUAUUAAUAUUUGAAUAAAAGGGAAUAAAGGUGACAAAGAAACAACAAUGUAGAAUUCAAGGCUGAUUUUAUAGGGCUCAUAAUUUAGAAAAAGGACACCGAUAAGGACUUACAGCUCACUGGAAGAAGAUAAGUAGCAAACAUUUCUGCGCAUAAGAUGCUAAUCAAUCACAUCAACAGGUUUGAGACUUGUACAUUUAUUGAAUAGUGACACCUGCACACAUAUACGUAGAGACAAUAAACAAUUUUUACUAUGUACCAAAUAGAAACAAUGCAGACCUCCACUUUGAAACAAUACUGCAUGAAGCCACAAGGAUAUAAUUUUUACUCUACAAAAAGAAUACAUUGUGUAAUGAAAAUAUAUCAACUAGUGUGAGUGCCAUAACAAACAUGAACAUUUACAUUUCUGAUCACUUUCUUAAUAAAACAUUAUUAAAACAAACAGUAUUCUGUAAACAAGAUAAGCAAAUGCUGCACUGAUAGCACAGGUUAGUACAUACACAGCACCACAGACAUUUGUGCAUUAGGUUCGUAUUUGAUUGGUCUUUUCAGUAUAGCAUAAGCGUACAUUCACAUUCAUCUUUAACAUUCUAUGAAAACAAAGUGCUGCACCACAAAGUAGAAUGAGGCGCUUUGAAAUUAAAACAAACCAAAUUCUUGUAGUAAUAAAUUGCUAAGGCGCUACCUAAUGUUCCUAAGGACUUCUCUUAGAGUGAAACAGUCAUUGACUUGCCAAACGUACAAGCAAAGACAUUGUAUCUCAUUAAAAGAAAAGAAAGAUUUCUGUUUCCUUGAGUCAAUAAAGACCCAAGUUACUGUUUUUCUCAAACAGGAUAAUCGUAUGUUGCACUAGCACUGCUGAUAAUCACUGGCAGUAAAUUUUAGUUUUGAAAAGCUAAUUUAGAAGAACACACUUCCAUGUAAACACAUUAUAUUCUUUAUUGUUAGAUGAUUUUUAUUGUUCCUGUUGUGUAAUUAUGUGACAGAGGAGGUUCAGUCUAUUGUGAAGCUGCUACUCCCUUUGUCAGACAUCGAGACUGCAGAAUUAGAUCAAUUAGAUGUAAAGCUAACCCUUAGGAUAUUGCACUGCUACAACUGCAGAAUGUGGGCCGUAGACUCGCCGCAAAUCAUACCUCUCAGGUGAGCUUUAACCAUGCCCUCAUUACAGACAAGGAGCAAUGGCAUUGCUAUAGAUCUCUGGUGUUUCACUAUACACAUUCCAUACAAUCAUUUUGGUUUAAACACACGGACUGACGUUUAGAGUGUGUAUUUUUGCAGCAUAUUUCUUGAUUAUUCAUUAUUAAGAUACAGUAGUCAUAAAUAUAAUAUUUAGUAUAUUAUACAUUGAAACAGCCAGUAUAUAGACAUACAAACUACUUAUGUACAAACAUAGAAACUUCCACAAUUAACAAAAUUAUUUUUGCCCUUGUAAUGGCGUUUAAUGGCGUAACAUUACGUUACAAUUUAUUCAAAAUAAAUGUAGACUCAAUAAUAAUAAUUUUAGGAUUUAUGCAUUUCAUUACCAUAACAUAUAUAUAUAUAUAUAUAUAUAUAUAUAUAUAU